UGCGGGUCCCCGCUGCUCGCAGAUUUCCUCGGCUAAAAAGCGAAAACUGUCGCUUCAUCGAAUGACAGACCUGGAGACGAGCGAGCGACAAGCUGAACUUUCCAGCGGAGGCCUCGGCGAUUUAAAUCAACUCGAGGCGAGAGGACAAAAGCGCCCCCUGGCGGUUAGUGCCUGGAGCUGACAACGAGCUCACACUUCUAUGACAACCAGCCUGGCGUUUUGUUUCGCUUCCCGGCGCGCUUCUGUUCAGUGUGGCGCAAUGGCCGCGAGAAGUCGCUUCGCCCCCGUGCCUGACCCGGCCCGCCUAAAACUGCGCGAGCAGACCUUCAUCCUGGACUGCGUGGCCGUGGGGAGCAUCGCCGAGGACUUCAGCCGCUCGCUGCCCAAGCUGGGCUCCGUCAUCCCCCCGUACAACGCGCAGGCGGACCGACACGCGAUCGGCUACUUCAGCAGCAAACCCGUGCCGACUGUGCUCAGGAGGACCGGCCAGUCCAAAGGCGGCACGUCAAUCCUGGGACCCCUGGCUGACCGGUUUAAUCAUCACGGAGCUGCUUGUCUCUACCUGAGGAAGAGGAACGCAGAAGGGGGCACAGGUUACUCGUCGGAGGUGCGUGACGGACACGGUCACUUCCUGGCAUCAUUGCGCCCCGUCUUCGGCUACAACGGGCUUUACGGAUUCCGGAGGAACACGCCCACCCUGCGCAGGCUGCCCUCUCCCUUUGGCACGUCGCAGCUCGUGCCACUUCACUAAGGCCCGCUCAGUGAGGAGGAGGAGGAGGACGGCACGUCCCAAAUGUCCGGCC